AUGGUGAGGCCGGCAAAGUACGUCGAUCUGAAGGUCCCGGCACUCAGAGAUGUUUGUGUAGAGCGUGGUCUGGACAAUACGGGACUGAGAAGAGAUUUGAUCGCACGAUUACAGCGAAAAGAUCGCUUGAAUGAGAAUACGGAGGUAGAAGUGAGAUUGAGGGAUAGGGAAGAAGGAGUAGGUGGUGUUGGUCGGUACAGGGGUCCUGCGUUCGGUGGUGGUCAUCAGAGAAGUGAGACUCGGGAGGGAGAUGGCAGGGGCCUCGAGCGAAAGGCUGAUGACGGCCAGAGAGGUAUCGACGCGUGGGGAAUGAUACUUAGUCAUCAUGGACAGUACUCUGGUAAACAUGCACAGGUUUACGAUCAAGUACGAGAGCGCGAGUAUCCUCCUGGACCUUUUCAGCGGCACGACGGGAUUGAUAGUCCCCAGCACCGACCAGAGCAGCAUGGUACGGAUGAUCCACCUUCUGCUUCUCGGCACAAUCAGAUGUCGGCAGCACCAGCUCUCCCACAUCGCCAAUUAUCUGAUCUCAAUCUUCACCCUCGCGACGACCCAGCCGUCAUGCACCUCUCCGAGGAGCAACUCGCCGACAUUCUCUUUGCCAACUGCACUCCCUUUGAGCCUGACCGCAACGGCUACGAUCGUCGAGCAAAGAUAAGAGCCGAGCAUGACGUUAAGCUUGAUGAGGCGAGGAAGAAGAAGGAUUCUGCUAUCGCAAGGGCGUUGACGAAGUACAAUACCGAGGUGGACAAGCUGAAGGUGGAGAGGGAAGGGAAAUAUUGUGACUUGGAAAGCGAUCUUAGUGCAAGAAGAGAGAAGGACCAACGAUGGAAUCCGGCUUUCGCUAGACUGAAGGGCUUGAGAGAAGCACGAGGUCUACAGACUCGUCCCCGAGACUUUGCAGUACGAGCACGCUCCAGCGACAUAAAUCACCAAAUCCAACGAUAUUAUCCAUCUUCUCAGCUAUCCCCACCGAUUUCCCGCCGCCCAGUAUCUCCUCCACGAGCACUCAUGCCCUUGGCCUCUGCACCGACUCUGAAACGCAAGCCCACCUCCCCACGAGCACAGUAUCAAAGCUAUGAACGAGAUACUUCAACCGCAUCUACCCACUCCCUUGGUCCAAAUGCUAAGCGCAGCUGCUCAGACACAAGCCGUUACUUCCCGCCUCUCUCAUCAACUUCUAAAGAUAACAGACCACCUGAAUUCUUUACCCCUCUCUCAAAAAUCUCGCCAGCCACACAACAGCAAACCUCACCGAUUUCUCUCGUACCCGCCAUCACCCACCUCCCAUAUAUCUUCCUCCCCGCUUCCAACAACAUGACAUUCACCGACGUCAAAGCUCUCCUCGCCGAAUGUCCACAUACAUAUGCAAAGACUAGUGACAUCGAGAUCAAAGCUGAUGAAACAGGAUAUUUUAUGACCUUUGAGGAUGGGGAGAGGGGAGAGGAGAUGGCUGUGAGGUUCCAUAAUUUCUUUGAUGGGCAGAGAAUGGAUGGGACGCCGGUUAUCAUGGAGUUGCAUAAGAGGGAGAGGCUGGUGGGCGAGUGAUGGGGAUAAUGGAGAAGUGUAGCAGACUCCUGGAGAGAUGUUCAAACUCUAUUAUUUGUCGUGCUUUGUUUGUUUUUGUUCUAAGUUUCGAUGAUGUGGAAGGGACUACCAAUGACGAUUUCAUUGAUUUGUCUGUCUCUACUAGGGAUGUUGCGAUGUUGGAGUCCUUCAUAGUGCUCAAAAAACGGGGUCUUCUUGUAUCUAGUUUUGUGUCUCAGGUAUUGCCGCCAGAGAGCUCUUGGCACCUCGUCUGGGAUUGGGGAAUCGUACAAUAGAUACCAAAAUAGUAGCAUGAGCUGCUAGCUGCGUUCUGGUACCCUUUGUACA